AUCAAUGAACUCAUAAAUUCAAAGGAUAAGGUCAACUCAAUCUUCGACACGUGCCCUUUGAUCUUAUUUAAUCACUUGGAUAAGGAGCUUCUACCAUUCCAUCAUCCUAACUAUACCCCUAAGGCGGGCUGUAGGAUAUACAGGCCUAUCACCAAACUGGUCAAAGGACACGUUGAACUAAGCGGUAUCAGCAAGAAGCACAACUGCACUGCCAGAUGUCUAUUUCCGGGCAAGAAAGACAGAACAUACAAUGCAACCUCUUGGCUUGCAGUACCAUCACCAAAAAUCUUUGAGUGUGAUAUUAUCGAGACGCAGUGUGUGAAAGACGGUGUCUAUGAAAACUUCUUACAUACACAAAUUUAUGAACAA